AUGGAGGCAGGAUUGAAGUACCCCUUGCGGCGCGGGGUGCAGGGGGUGAGCAGGCUGCUUUCUCUCGCAGGACACUUCACUUCCGCCGAGGACCUGAACCUGCUGAUAGCGAAGAACACCCGCCUUGAGAUCUAUGUGGUCACGCCGGAGGGGCUGCGGCCCGUCAAGGAGGUGGGCAUGUAUGGCAAGAUCGCCGUCAUGGAGCUCUUCCACCCAAAGGGGGAGAACAAGGAUCUGCUGUUCAUCUUGACAGCCAAGUACAAUGCCUGUAUCCUUGAGUACAAGCAAAGUGGUGAGAGCAUUGAUAUCAUCACCCGUGCCCAUGGCAACGUGCAGGAUCGCAUUGGUCGGCCCUCUGAGACGGGUAUAAUUGGCAUCAUUGACCCAGAGUGUCGGAUGAUUGGACUGCGGCUCUAUGAUGGCCUCUUCAAGGUCAUUCCUCUGGAGCGGGACAACAAGGAGUUAAAGGCCUUUAACAUCCGCCUGGAGGAGCUGCAGGUCAUCGAUGUCAAGUUCCUCUAUGGCUGCCAGGCUCCUACCAUCUGCUUUGUUUACCAGGACCCUCAGGGUCGCCAUGUCAAAACAUAUGAGGUGUCCCUACGAGAGAAGGAAUUCAACAAAGGUCCCUGGAAACAGGAGAAUGUAGAGGCUGAAGCGUCCAUGGUAAUUGCAGUGCCCGAGCCCUUUGGAGGAGCAAUCAUCAUUGGGCAAGAGUCCAUCACCUACCACAAUGGAGAUAAAUAUUUGGCUAUAGCCCCACCUAUCAUCAAGCAAAGUACAAUCGUGUGCCACAACCGCGUGGAUCCCAACGGGUCCCGUUACCUCCUGGGGGAUAUGGAGGGCCGCCUCUUCAUGCUGCUAUUGGAGAAGGAGGAGCAGAUGGACGGCACGGUCACCCUGAAGGACCUGCGUGUUGAGCUGCUUGGAGAGACCUCCAUCGCGGAGUGCCUGACUUACCUAGACAAUGGUGUUGUCUUUGUCGGCUCUCGCCUUGGGGACUCCCAACUUGUGAAGCUCAGCGUGGACAGCAAUGAACAAGGCUCCUACGUAGUAGCCAUGGAAACCUUCACCAACCUGGGCCCCAUCGUGGACAUGUGUGUGGUGGACCUAGAGAGACAGGGCCAAGGGCAGCUGGUCACGUGCUCUGGCGCCUUUAAGGAGGGCUCCUUGAGGAUCAUCCGGAAUGGGAUUGGGAUUCACGAACAUGCCAGCAUCGACUUGCCAGGGAUUAAAGGCCUGUGGCCAUUGAGGUCAGACUCACACCGUGAAACUGACAACACCUUGGUGCUAUCGUUUGUGGGCCAGACCAGGGUUCUGAUGUUAAAUGGGGAGGAAGUGGAGGAAACUGAGUUGACAGGAUUUGUGGAUGAUCAGCAAACAUUCUUCUGUGGCAAUGUAGCCCAUCAGCAACUGAUCCAGAUCACGUCUACCUCUGUGCGGCUGGUCACUCAGGAGCCCAAAGCCCUGGUGAGUGAAUGGAGAGAGCCCAAGGGGAAGAACAUUAGUGUCGCUUCCUGUAACAGCAGCCAGGUGGUGGUGGCUGUGGGGCGAGCACUCUACUACCUCGAGAUCCAGCCCCAGGAGCUCAGGCAAAUAAGCUGCACAGAGAUGGAGCAUGAGGUGGCCUGCCUGGACAUCACACCAUUGGGAGACUCCAAUGGCAUGUCGCCUCUGUGUGCCAUCGGCCUCUGGACCGACAUCUCGGCCCGCAUCCUUAAGCUGCCCUCGUUUGAGCUGCUGCACAAGGAGAUGCUGGGAGGCGAGAUCAUCCCCCGCUCCAUUCUGAUGACCACCUUUGAGAACAGCCAUUAUCUCCUCUGUGCCCUGGGGGACGGGGCUCUCUUCUACUUUGGGCUCAGCAUUGAGACAGGUUUGCUGAGUGACCGCAAGAAAGUGACCCUGGGCACCCAGCCCACCGUCCUGAGGACCUUCCGUUCACUCUCCACCACCAACGUCUUUGCCUGCUCCGACCGCCCCACUGUGAUCUACAGCAGUAACCACAAGCUGGUCUUCUCCAACGUCAACCUCAAGGAGGUGAACUACAUGUGCCCGCUCAACUCGGAUGGCUACCCUGACAGUCUGGCAUUGGCCAACAACAGCACCCUGACAAUUGGCACCAUCGACGAGAUCCAAAAGCUGCACAUCCGCACGGUUCCCCUCUACGAGUCGCCCAGGAAGAUCUGCUAUCAGGAGGUGUCUCAGUGCUUCGGCGUGCUUUCAAGUCGCAUCGAGGUGCAAGAUGCCAGUGGGGGCACCACUGCACUGAGGCCCAGUGCCAGCACCCAGGCCCUGUCCAGCAGCGUCAGCUCCAGCAAGUUGUUUUCUAGCAGCACUGCCCCACACGAGACAUCCUUUGGUGAGGAGGUGGAGGUGCACAAUCUACUCAUCAUAGACCAGCACACCUUUGAAGUGCUACACGCUCACCAGUUUCUGCAGAAUGAAUAUGCCCUCAGCCUGGUCUCCUGCAAGCUGGGCAAGGACCCCAACACGUACUUCAUUGUGGGCACGGCCAUGGUGUAUCCCGAGGAGGCUGAGCCCAAGCAAGGCCGCAUCGUAGUCUUCCACUACUCAGAUGGGAAACUGCAGAGUUUGGCUGAGAAGGAAGUGAAAGGGGCUGUGUAUUCCAUGGUGGAGUUCAAUGGCAAGCUCCUAGCCAGCAUUAACAGCACGGUGCGUCUCUAUGAGUGGACAGCAGAGAAGGAGCUGCGCACAGAAUGUAACCAUUACAAUAACAUCAUGGCUCUCUAUGUGAAGACCAAAGGGGACUUCAUCCUGGUCGGAGAUUUGAUGCGCUCUGUCCUGCUUCUUGCCUACAAGCCCAUGGAGGGUAACUUUGAGGAGAUUGCUCGAGACUUCAACCCAAACUGGAUGAGUGCUGUGGAGAUCUUGGAUGAUGACAAUUUCCUAGGAGCAGAGAAUGCUUUUAACCUGUUUGUGUGCCAGAAGGACAGCGCGGCCACGACUGACGAAGAGCGCCAGCAUUUGCAGGAAGUGGGGCUGUUCCACCUGGGGGAGUUUGUCAACGUGUUCUGCCACGGCUCUUUGGUCAUGCAGAACCUGGGCGAGACAUCCACGCCGACACAGGGCUCGGUGCUCUUUGGCACGGUCAACGGAAUGAUUGGGCUGGUGACCUCACUGUCGGAAAGCUGGUACAACCUCCUGCUGGAUAUGCAGAACAGACUCAAUAAAGUCAUCAAAAGCGUGGGCAAAAUUGAGCACUCCUUCUGGAGAUCGUUUCACACUGAGCGCAAGACGGAGCCAGCCACAGGAUUCAUAGACGGUGAUUUGAUUGAAAGUUUCUUGGACAUCAGCCGGCCCAAAAUGCAGGAGGUAGUGGCAAACCUACAGAUCGACGAUGGCAGUGGCAUGAAGAGAGAGGCCACCGUGGAUGACCUGAUAAAGAUCGUGGAGGAGCUGACCCGGAUCCAUUAAUAGGAUUCGGACUCAUCUAGCAUCUUCCUCCAUUGUAGAAUAUGGAGUCUGUUCCCACCUGCAGCCAGGGGGCCCCCACGCCAAUUGCACUAUGACACCAGAGGCUGCGGUUAUUUUCCCGGGUGAAAGAGGAGAACCUCUGAACUGAAGCCAUCUCGCUAGGGACUUGGGGAUGUGAUUUUUUGGGUGGGCGUCAUGUCAUUUCCUGCUUGGGUUCACCAAUUCUGUGGACCUUGGAUCCCAACCCAGGACUGGCCAUGGCCAACUGCUCCCAUGGGGUAACUGCUAGCGCUUGGCUUGAAGGGGUGUCCCUGCCUGGACUUCCUCCAUGACUCACUUGUUCAUUGUUGUCUUUAGUAUCUUUUUGUUUCAUUUUCUUUGAUUCGGUGUGUUUUGAAGUGGAAGUUUCCUGCGCCCUCUUCUGCCUGUGCAAUGAGAAUGGGUGGAGGUUCUUCGCUGGUGCUGGGGAGAUACCAUGCUGGUGUGUGGCGGUGCCUCUUAGUCUGGGGGGAUGAAGCUGAAAGGGUAAAGAAGGCCUCUCUCCCCACAGGGAGGAAGGGCCUGGAAAGUGAAAUCUCUGAGGUUGGUUUCUGAGUUUUACCAAAUAAAGUAGAGUCCGAGAGGAAAGGUCUG